UCCGUAGAUAGGGGCAGAGUCUGCUGUGUGCGAGUGAGAGAUGGACCGAGGGCGCUCUUCCGAUUAGCGAAUGCUAAGAGAAGAGACUCACAUAGCAAGAACUAUUGAUAUAACAGACUUGAUUGGCUUUAACCUGAAAACAAAACAAAUAAGUUUACUAUCUUUCACAUCCGCUCCACACACACCAACACGGGAUUGAUGGUAAUGUAUGCAAGGAAACCAGCGAGACUCGGCGAUGGGUGCAACGAUCGAAGGGACUCACAGCCCUAUCAGACUCUUAAAUACUCAUCGAAGAGUCACCCCGGUAGCGACCACCGGCAUGAGAAGAUGCGAGACCCUGCUGAUGCCACCCCACCGUGCAAAAUCCUGCGGCGAUCUGACAGCCCAGACAACAAACACACCGACAAUUCCAGUCAUGGCCGGGCGAAAGCGAUCCACACACACCGAGGCAGAGAGAGGGAUGGAGGGACCAGUUAUUCCCCUCAGGAGAACUCCCACAACCACAGCGCUCUGCACAGCGCCAACUCCCAUUCCAACCCCAGCAGGACGGCUGACACGCCCUAUGAACCUGCAGAUGACUGGUCAGAGCACAUUAGUUCCUCUGGGAAGAAGUACUACUACAACUGCAGGACAGAGGUCUCACAGUGGGAGAAGCCUAAGGAGUGGCUGGAAAGAGAGCAGAGGCAGAAGGAGGCUGCCAAGACGACGGUAGUCAACAGCUUCCCCAAAGACAGAGACUACAGACGGGAGGCCAUGCAGGCUACGGUUGCCUCCAGCUUCCCUAACAAGUCCGUAUCAGAGAAGCCAUCCUCCCUCUCCUGCACGUCUCAGUCCUCCUCUUCCUCGUCAUCUGUGGCCAGCGCCGCCGCUCAGGCCGGCUCGGCCUCCGUCUCCACGGUGACCGUCUCCCCGGUGCUGCAGUCCCCGGUCGCGCCCACCCUGCUCCAGGACCCGUCCCUCCUGAGACAGCUCCUCCCCGCGCUGCAGACUGCCCUGCAGCUCAACAACGCCAGCGUGGACAUGGCCAAGAUCAAUGAGGUUCUGACAGCAGCUGUGACUCAAGCGUCGCUGCAGUCUAUGCUCCACAAGAUCCUCACGGCCGGUCCGUCUGCCUUCAACAUCACCUCCCUGCUCUCCCAGGCUGCCCAGCUGUCUAACCAAGCCCAGCAGUCCAGCCAGUCGCCCAUGUCUCUGACUUCAGACGCCUCAUCACCCCGCUCCUACGUGUCCCCCCGGAUCAGCACCCCCCAGACCAACACCGCAUCCCACAAGCCACUGCUCAGCACGCCACCCGUCACCACACAGACCAAGGUGAGCACACCUGUUGUAAAGGCCGGCUCUCACCCUCAACCCUCUCCCCAGCAGCCCCUCCCCUCAGACAAGCACCACGACACGGCCAGCUCUCCCCGCAACCUUCAGAGGCAGAGCAGUCAAAGAAGCCCUUCCCCUGGCCCCAACCAUGUUGCCGCGAGCAACAGCAGCACCAGUAACAACGGCAGUAGCAGUAGAGUGGGUGUGGCAGCCGGUGCGAGUGGGGGGGCCCAGGUGGAAUCCACGGGACGGUCGGCGUGCUUCACCCCCUCCCUGGCGGCACACUUUGAUGAGAACCUCAUCAAGCACGUACAGGGCUGGCCUGCAGAGCACGUCGAGAAACAGGCAUCUCGGUUACGUGAGGAGGCCCACACCAUGGGCAGCAUCUACAUGUCUGAGAACUGUACCGAGCUGAAGAACCUGCGCUCCCUGGUGCGAGUGUGUGAGAUCCAGGCCACGCUGCGUGAGCAGAGGAUACUGUUUUUGAGACAGCAAAUUAAGGAACUUGAAAAGCUGAAGAAUCAGAAUUCCUUCAUGGUGUGAGGACUUGCAUUGCUGGAGUGGGGAUCUGGAAAAGAGUGGAGAGGAGAGAGGGGCAGAAGUCUGUGUGUGUGUGUGUGUGUGUGGGUGUGUGUGUGGGUGGGUGCAUGUGUGUUGGUGUUUGUGUGGUGCAUCAACCUGUUGCACACAUUCAGAACCCUGGAGAGCCACAAUUGUGUUGUUUGGGCCCAGCUGUGCCCAUAAACAGAACUGCAUCCACAUUUGGACCAAGUGGGAGAAUGUGUGUGUGUGUGUGUGUGUGGGUGUGUAUUGGUUUUUGGUGGAUGUGAUGGGGUGUUGAAACAGGACCGCCCAACGCCUCUCCUCUCCGCCCUGAACGUGUAGAUUUCCAGUAGAUGUUUCCAUGUUUGUAAAUAGGUUUUGUAGAAGCCAUGGAAAGCCAUGCCUAUCAGAGAAACGGAAGAAGUAAAAAAAAAAAAAAAAAAGCUUUCAACAUCCAAACGAUGGAACAGACAUCGACUGGUCCCCUGUUGGCCUCCAGAACUUUGUCUUGGCUCUGGGGGAGGACGCCAGCAGGCUUUUUCUUGUGGUAGACUGACAGACCAGUGAACCAUUUGCCCUGAGCACGCACUACGGACCUGCAUGGAUAUGAUGGACGAUCUGAACGGGAGUGUCACCGAACAUGUAACCCCUCUCCACCCAUACUCCCCCACCCCCACCCCAGGUCCUCAACACUUACCCACACACCCAAACCCACAGGACUCCGUCAGUCGCUGUCUAAACACUCAUCCUCUCCAAGUGGACGACCCUCCCUCAGUAGCACCAUCUCGCACGGAGACUCAUACAUACCCACCUCUACAGUUUUCUCUCUUAUUCUCAAUCACAUACACACACACACACACAGACACAAAACACUUUCAGUCUAAUGACCUGAUUUUUCUCAUUGUAUGGACUGUAACAAUGAAGCGUAACUGGUUAGCAGUGUAGUCUCCUGUAUCCUCUGUUUGUUCUCUGACGGCCUGGUUCAGAAGGGGGGGGGCUCCCUGUCUGCCUGCAGUGCCUCCAGUGGCCUGCCCACACUGCCCCCUAGUGGCUUGGCUCCAUUACUGCAAUCACCAGUGCCUGCCAGCGUGAUGGGAGUGAGAGAUGGGGGGGGGGGGGGGGGGGGGCUGAGGGCUUGUGACGGUAUUCAGUUGGGUAAAGGAGGGUGAGGACCAUUGCCACAGCUUAACGCACCCGCUUUGGGUCCCACCCAGCACGCAAUCACAAACCAAUCAGGCUUUGUUCUCCCCAGUAUGGAGGUGGAGUCUAGUCGCUGAUACUCCCACCCCACUCCUGUUCUUUUUUGUUUUUGUUUUAGUUUUUUUUUUCCAUCCAGUCUCUGUUUCUUGUGUAUUUCUGUUGCCCGUCUGUCUGUUUUUAAAGCUGUACUUUAAAAGAGAGCGAGGCGUUCCUUUGAGAACGUGACGUGCCCUCACGUAAAACAAAAGAUCAUUCCUUUGUACAGUCGCUGAAGUAGUAAUGGAAUUUAAAAAAAAGAGAAAGCCGCUUUAUUCAAAAGUUGCAGUGAUUAUUAGUAUAUCAGACAUGUUGUAUCCAUAAAUUAUUGCUGCACAUUUUUCAUUUGCACCCUGUAUGUUUGGAUGGAGUUAAGGGUGGGGGGGGGGGGGGGGCUGUGCUGCUGGGGGUGCUGGCAAGGGAGGGGGGUUCACACAGGCAAGGACUGGACUUAAGUGACCUCCCCCCACCGCACCCCUCAUCAUCGUCAGGGUCAGGGCAGAGGCACGCAGGGGUCACAAGGUCAAAUGUGAAUUGUAUGUAUUGUAAUAAACAUUCUAACUAAAAGCGA